AUGAUUGAGGGAAUGGUGAAGGAUGGUGUUAUUGAACCUUCAUCUAGUCCAUGGUGUUCACCUGUGGUGCUGGUAAAGAAGAAGGACGGCAGCAUGCGGUUUUGUGUUGACUACCGCCGUCCGAACGACGUUACGAAGAAGGACAGCUAUCCCUUGCCAAGAAUUGAUGACACGCUGGACAUGCUUACAGGCGUGAAGUGGUUUAGUACGCUGGACCUGAAAAGUGGCUACUGGCAGGUUGAAAGUGACCCUAAGGACAAGGAGAAAACUGCAUUUUCCACAGUGUCGGAAGAAGGUAUCCGCACGGAUCCAGAGAAAAUUACCGCUGUCAAGGAUUGGCCGGUUCCAAAAGACAAGACACAGGUUAGAGCAUUUUUGGGUUUGUGCUCUUAUUAUCGGCGAUUUGUGAAGAAUUUUGCAGAUAUAGCCAAACCUCUGCACAGGCUAACCAAGGAGAAGCGACAUUUCUGCUGGGAUGAAAGUUGCGACAUUGCAUUCCAGGAGCUCAAGAACCGUCUGUGCAAAACACCUAUCUUGGGAUACCCUGAUGCGGGCAAGGAAUUUAUAGUUAACACAGACGCAAGUGAUGUAGGACUUGGCGGUGUGUUGUCUUAA